CCUGCCCUACAGAAGUUCAGACACUCUUCUGUGUACCAACCAUGGGCCCGGAACAAAUUCUCACUCGGCUAACCACCGCAGCCUGUGGGUUCCUGCUUCUCCUCCAGGUCCAGGGCCAGGAUUCAGCCAGUCCCAUCAGGACGACACACACAGGCCAGAUACAGGGAAGCCUAGUCCACAUAAAGGGCCUUGAUGUGGGUGUUCAUUCUUUCCUGGGAAUUCCCUUUGCCAAGCCACCUAUAGGACCACUGCGUUUUGUACCUCCUGAGCCUCCUGAAUCAUGGAGUGGUGUGAGGGAUGGGACCUCCUAUCCAGCCAGGUGCCUGCAGGACAUCGCUGCAAUGAAUAUGCAGGCUCUCAAGCUGUUGAAGCUGACCUUGCCUCCCAUCCGUAUGUCUGAGGAUUGCCUAUACCUUAACAUCUACACACCAGAUCAUGCCCAUGAGGGUUCCAAGCUGCCUGUGAUGGUGUGGAUCCAUGGUGGUUCACUGGUUAUAGGCAUGGCUUCCUUGUAUGAUGGAUCCAUGCUGGCCGCCAUUGAGGAUGUGGUGGUGGUCACUAUCCAGUACCGCCUGGGGGUCCUGGGCUUCUUCAGCACUGGAGACCAGCAUGCCAGAGGCAACUGGGGCUACCUGGACCAAGUGGCCGCCCUGCGCUGGGUCCAGCAGAACAUCGCCCAUUUUGGAGGCAACCCUGACCGGGUCACUAUAUUUGGCGAGUCAGCAGGUGGCACAAGUGUGUCUUCACAUGUUGUGUCCCCCAUGUCCCAAGGACUAUUCCACAGUGCCAUCAUGGAGAGUGGGGUGGCCACGAUCCCUGGCCUCAUCUCGACAUCCCCUGACGUAGUCUAUAGAACGGUGGCCAACCUGUCUGGAUGUGAGCAAGUAGACUCGGAGGCCCUGGUGAACUGUCUUCGAGGCAAGAGUGAAGAGGAGAUUAUGGCUAUUAACAAGGCCUUCAAGAUCAUCCCUGCUAUAGUGGAUGGCAUCUUCCUGCCCAGGCAUCCCAAGGAGCUGCUUGCCUCGGCUGAUUUCCAACCUGUCCCCAGCAUUAUUGGCAUCAACAAUGAUGAGUACGGCUGGAUCAUUCCCUCGAGCUUGAGCAACACUGACUCCCAGAAGAAAAUGGAUAGAAAGACUGUGCAAGCUGUACUUCAGAGGAGGGCAGCCAAGAUGAUGUGGCCUCCUGAAUUUAGUGACCUGGUGAUGGAGGAGUACAUGGGGGACAAUGAGGACCCUCAGCUUCUCCAAGUGCAGUUCAAGGAGAUGAUGGAAGAUAUCAUCGUUGUGAUCCCUGUGCUGCAAGUAGCACAUUUUCAACGUUCCCAUGCUCCUGUCUACUUCUAUGAGUUCCAGCAUCGGCCCAGCUUCUUCAAGGACUCCAAGCCACCCGAUGUAAAGGCUGACCAUGGUGAUGAAGUUCUCUUUAUCUUCAGAUCAUUUUGGGGAGGCACCCAAAUUGACCUCACUGAGGAGGAGGAGCUUCUGAGCAGGAGGAUGAUGAAGUACUGGGCCAACUUCGCAAGACACGGGAACCCCAACAGCGAAGGUCUACCCUAUUGGCCCGUGUUUGACCAUGAGGAGCAGUACCUACAGCUGGACAUCCAGCCUGUUGUGGGCAGAGCCCUGAAGGCUGGAAGGCUGAAGUUCUGGACCAAGACUCUGCCCCAGAAGAUCCAGGAGUUAAAGGAGGUUGAGGACAGACAUGCAGAGUUGUAGCACCCUGUGUCAAGUGCAGGUGGGGUUAUUCUAAGGUUUCCAAACACCUUAAGAAGAGACAUAGGGAAGCCACAUAUUUACAUAGUCAUUAGGUUCAUACACCCAACAACUACUAUGAAGUCUUCCCUACAAAAUACAUGUUCCUUGCUAAGCCUGACAAGGGUCACUUCUGUUACAUACAGCAAACAUGUAUCCAUGCAUAUAUGGAUGGGUGAGUCCCAAUAGACAACACCCCUUCCUUGCAUGGCCCCUCCCUCCCUCCCUUUCUCCUCCCCCCUCCAUCCUCCCCAUUUCCUCUCCUCUCACUUCUCAGGCCUUGUACUACUAGUGAUGUCCCUUGGGGAGGAUUUCACUAAGCUGAGUGACUGAACCCCCUUUUCACAUCUCAGCAAGCUCCUAUAUUCUAAUAGAUAAGGACAAUUUUUAAAGAAAAUCAGAUAAUAAAAGCCUCAGGAGUUCAUUCUAGGGCUAUCACACACAAUUAUCGCAACAGGUAGCUUCUAUACAACAAAAAUUUAUUGCUAUCUGUUCUGGAAGCUGAAAAUUCUGAGGACGCUGACACCCAAUUUGAGAUCUAACAAGAUAUCUAACGUAUCUGACUCAUAGGCAGCACUUGGCCCUUCCUGCCACAAACCAGCAAACACUCUCCCACAGGCACAAUCCAUACAAGCUUCAUGUUAGCCCAUCUUCUAUUGUUACAACAAAAGAUCCGAACCAACUACUUAUUUUAUUACUUCAGUUCAUUUACCUUACAUCCCAAGGGCGCCCCCUCCCUCCUGAACCAGAUACUUACAAAGAGUUUCUGCGAAAUGGCUCUGCAGUUAGGGAUGCCUGUCAUCAAGCCUGAUGACAUGAAUCUGAUACCCAGGAACCGCACGGUGGAAGCGGAGACCUGACUUUCCAAGUUGUCCUCUAACCUUCACAUAUGUUCUGUGGUUCUAUCACACACACACACACACACACACACACACACACACACACAC